AAACCAAAAGAAAAGGAGGAAGUCCCAAAAAACUUCAUUUGUCAAUUCUUCACCAAAAAACCUCACCACCACCAAUUCAGCCGUCACUCCAUUUUCUAGCCGCCGCCGCCGCAGCCGCCGCCACCGUCAUCGUCGAGGUCCCGCCUUUUCUUAUCAGAAAGUUUCAAGUGGUGGAAGGAGAGUUCUGAUUGAAUUGGGGUCUGAAUUAUGGUGCGAAACUAUUUGAAGCAGGAUGACGUAUAAAUACUAUGGAACUCCAUUGUUGAAACAGAGGGCUAAUCUGUUGCAGAAAGUUUUGACUACUUACUGGUGUUUUUGGUGAAGAUUUGGGAGUUUAGGGGAGGAGGACAUUGGCGGAGAGGAGAUGCUUAGCAGGUUAAGUAGGCGGUCUUUUUGCACUGCUGGUGGUCCAAGACCAUGGCUUUUUGUGGGUUUGGGAAACCCAGGCGAUAAAUAUAAAGGAACUAGACACAAUGUGGGGUUUGAGAUGAUCGAUACCUUUGCUCAAUCACAAGGCAUUGAAAUGAACACAGUUCAUUGUAAAGCUAUUUUUGGACAGGGUUUUGUUGGUGAUACUCCUGUUUUCCUUGCAAAGCCUCAAACUUAUAUGAAUCUGAUUGGUGAAUCUUCAGGACCACUUGCAGCAUACUAUAAACUACCUCUGAAUCGUGUGCUUGUGUUUCAUGAUGACAUGAAUUUACCAUGUGGAGUUCUUCGUCUGCACGAUAAGGGAGGUCAUGGAUGCCACAAUGGGAUGAAGAGUGUGAUCUAUCACUUUAGAGGAAACAAAGAAUUUCCUCGGCUAAGAAUAGGUAUCGGGAGGCCACCUGGUCAAAUGGAUCCUAAAGCAUUCUUACUACAAAGAUUCAGCUUAACAGCUCAAGAACGAAUCGACACCGCGUUGCGAGAAGGAGUUGAUAUAUUGAAUGUUCUACUAUCCAAAGGCUUGUCAGAGAGUGCGAGAAGGUUUAACACAGAGCAAAAGUACAAGCAUAUAAGAUUGCAGACACUGCCCGCAUGACAAAAACCUUAGGUUAGGUGUUUAGUUUUCUCAGCUUGAAUUAUACAAAUUUUAGGUAGGUUUGUAUAUUGACAGAAAAAAUUCAUACGAAGUGUUUUGGUAAAAGGGUAUUUUGGUAAAUUCCAUUAUUGUCUAUUGGAGAAACAAGUGGGGUACCCCCAAAUUGAUCCACUUUCAUCAUCAUAUGAUGAAGUGUUGUAUUCUUAGGUUGUGUGGUCAAAUUCUACAAGAAUUGCUGCUGAUUUUUCUUGGUCAAGAUAUGCAGAGUUCUUAGGUUUUGGGUAAGUUGCAUGAGAUUUUGAAGAAGUUGUGCAUAAUAGCAAUUUGUGUUAAUGGUUGAAUUUUAUUGGCCAAUUUGAGGAGAUCUUUUGAUUUGUCCAACAAA